AUGGCCGAGUUCGUACGAGCGCAGAUCUUCGGCACGACCUUCGAGAUCACCUCGAGGUACUCCGACCUGCAGCCUGUUGGCAUGGGCGCCUUCGGCCUGGUUUGCUCUGCCCGCGACCAGCUCACCAACCAAAAUGUCGCCAUCAAGAAGAUCAUGAAGCCCUUUAGCACUCCUGUCUUGGCCAAGCGUACCUACAGAGAGCUGAAGCUUCUCAAACACUUGAAGCACGAGAAUAUCAUUUCUCUUAGCGAUAUCUUCAUCUCACCGCUUGAGGAUAUUUACUUUGUCACCGAACUUCUGGGUACCGACCUCCACAGGCUUCUCACCUCACGGCCGCUCGAGAAGCAGUUCAUCCAGUAUUUCCUCUAUCAGAUCAUGCGCGGCCUCAAAUACGUGCAUUCCGCAGGAGUUGUGCACCGCGACCUCAAGCCAAGCAACAUCUUGGUCAACGAGAACUGCGACUUGAAGAUUUGCGACUUCGGACUGGCACGAAUCCAGGAUCCUCAGAUGACGGGAUAUGUGUCGACACGAUACUACCGCGCGCCCGAGAUCAUGCUCACAUGGCAAAAAUACGAUGUGGAGGUGGACAUCUGGAGCGCUGGAUGCAUCUUCGCCGAGAUGCUGGACGGCAAGCCGCUGUUCCCCGGCAAGGACCACGUCAACCAGUUUUCCAUUAUUACGGAGCUCCUGGGCACUCCUCCAGACGACGUGAUUAACACAAUCGCUAGUGAGAACACGCUGCGAUUCGUCAAGUCUCUGCCCAGGCGGGAGCGGCUGCCACUUAAGAUCAAGUUCAAGAAUGCAGAUCCCACCGCCAUCGAUCUCCUCGAACGGAUGCUUGUCUUCGAUCCCAAGAAGCGGGUAACUGCCACCGAGGGUCUCUCACAUGAAUAUCUAGCCCCGUACCACGAUCCUACCGACGAACCUAUCGCCGAGGAGAAGUUCGACUGGAGCUUCAAUGACGCUGACUUGCCCGUCGACACAUGGAAGAUCAUGAUGUACUCCGAGAUUCUUGACUACCACAACGUCGAAGUCAAUGUUGCGCAGAUGGAGGAUCAAUUCAACGGCCAAUGA